AUGUUGGGCCGGCAGGGCUCGAUAGGCUCGCAGGAGCCGGCGGCUCUUGCACCUCAGUGGAUGAGGGAGAAGCCCUCAGCAUCUUCAGGGGUGGGUGGCCGCGCGGGCACGCUAGCGGUGUGCUGCAGUGUGCAUGCGGCGACACCAGCUGACGAGGUGGACAUGGCCGUCUGCUCGCAGGACAAGCCAAGCCAGUCACCUCAGCCUCAUAAGCGGCCCGACGAGAAGCCUUGGGUGGCGGACAGAUGGGGCAGCACGGAGAAGGAGGCAGGGCAGGACAGCAAAUGGGGCAAGCCCACGUUCGAGAACAGCGCAUGGGGCAGCGACCCCCCGGCGCGCAGCGAGCGUGAGCAGUACCCCGCCGCCGACCGCUGGGGCGGGGGCGGCGGCACGGGAGGCGGGGUGGGAGGCGGCGGCGGCGAGGCGCUCCGCGACCCAGGUGCACGGGACCGCUGGCGCACGGGUCCUGAGGACAAGUGGACCCCAAACACGCGGCAGGAGGGCGGCAGGCCGGCCGGCACGGCUGCCUGGGGAGCAGGGCCAGAGGCGCCGGAGCAGAGGUAUGAAGCGCGGGGCUACGGCAACUGGCGCUCCCCUGCGCCCGAGCGCUUUGACCCUCGCGACCCGGGCAAAGGCCGCGGCUUCGCAUACGGCCGCGGCCGCGGCGCCGCCGGCGGCGGACCCGCCGCGCCCGGCUCUUUCGGGGACUGGGGCGGGGCUGGCGGCGGCGCCGACUUUGGAGGUGGCGACCGCGGCGGCGGCAGCGGCGGGCUGGCGCACGGGCGGUCGCGGCGGCACGUCAACUUCUACACGCCCACCCACCUGGAGGACAUUCGUGAGAUUAUGGAGACCAAGGUGGGCGGCGACCUGCCGCUGCCGCGCGGCCUCAAGCCGGACGCGCUCGGCCCGCUGCACAAGGACGCGCGCGACGAGGACUGGGGCGGCGGCGGCGCUGAGCCGCCCGGCGAUGCGGCCGGCGCGGGGCAGGGCGAGCAGGCGGCGGCGGCGGCGCCUCCGCCCGCUGCGCAGCCCGCGCCUGCUGGCGCGCCCGCGGGCGGCGUGUCGCUUGCGGCGCUUGCGGCGGACCAGUGGCUUUAUCAGGACCCCCAGGGCAACGUUCAGGGCCCCUUCCCCCGCGCCGACAUAGUGGAAUGGUUCACGCAGCACUUCUUCCCCGACACGCUCCCGCUGCGGCCCGCGGCGGGCGCGGCCGACGCGCCGUGGGUGCCGCUGCGCGAGAUGCUGCACGUGUGGGCGGAGCACGCAAAGCGGGGGGCGGCGGGUGGGGAGGCCGCGGUGCCGGCUGACCAGCAGCAGCAGGCGGCCGCGAACGCGGCUGCUGCGGUGGCUGCCAGCACAGCGGCCGCGGUGCUGCCCGCCGACCUGGCGCUUGAUGGCAGCGCUGCCCAGCAACAGCAGCAGCAGCAGCAGCAGCAGCAACCCCUGCAGCUCGUUCAGCAGACGCAGCAGCACCAUCAGCAGCAGCCAGCCUGGGGCAGCCCGCACCCUGACGGCGGCCAGGGGUGCAGUGGCGGUCGAGCCAUCUGA